AGUCUGUCGGCCAGUAACUGCUGAGAGAGCGUGGCAAUCCAUUUAGUAGUUUACACGCGUUUUGUUGAACAGUACUGAUUGCUGUUGUUCCGUCGUGACGACCGGUUGAUUCGUCUAAACUUUUUUAAUUUUAUGUUUUCACUAAAUCAGUAAUCUUAACUCAUUUACAGCAUACUGUGAACUAUUAAUUUAUACAUCAAUUAAGUGUUUUGUGAUAGUGUGACAAAUUUGUUCAAUUAAAAUUUAACACAUUUGCCCAAGGUACAUUACAAUUUUAUUCAUUAAUGUUAUCCCGAAUUCAUUAGAAAAAAAUCUUGGUUAAUAGUUGUGUUAUUUAUUGUUUAUGCCCUAUUGAAUUGUAGCAUAUUGUGUAGUGUGCCACCCACGUUUAUAGUAUUUAUUUAACCUGGAAGGAACUUGUGUUGUUACAGAUAAGAUGGCCAUGACUUCAACUGAAAGGGUCUAAACAGACUUAUAAAAGCUGGCCAAUCUUUAUCAACCAUGUUAAAGCACGUGCACCGAGCAAAGAACUCCGACACGGUGAGCAUUGUAUCUACAUCCAACUCUUUUUUGGCUCAAGAACACUCUAUGUCUAGUAGGUGUUCGAGUGUUUCGUCACUGAAUAUUUCUAAUCCAGUGACUACUAUAAAAGUGUACACAAAUUGUCUAAGAGCUGAUUUGGAAUACAAAACACUCGGUCUAGCUUACAGCACUACUUGUAGUGAAGUGAUCUCUAUAUUACUGAAGAAGUAUCGAAUGCGACACAGGGAUCCGAACUUGUUCUACAUGACAAUGGAAAUAAAUCUGAGAAAAAUAGGACUGAGGACUGUUUUUGUUUUGGAUAACGAAGCGUGUCCCGCGGUGCUUCAAUCUUGUCAUCCGCAAGGAGAGUCUAGGUUUUGUUUGCAGUCAAAAACUGGCGGGUUAGUUAAAGUCUACGACGGCGAACUCAUGCCAGGAUCAAAGUACAAAAGCUUACUAAUAUCCGACAGGACUACCAUCGAUGAGCUUAUUCGAAUUUUGUUGAACUGUUGUAGCAGUAAAGAACAAGUCGAACAGUUUUCUUUGUAUGAGGUUUCAAAAUCUGAAGAGUACCAACGCAAACUACAUCACGAUGACUUGCCAUUGAAAGUGCAAUGUUGUUGGCCUUUUGAUAGCGAUUAUUAUUUCCUGUUGAAAAGAAAUCUUAACUACAAAUCUAAGCAAGCGCAAAAGAGUUGGAAAAGUAGACAGCAAGAAAAAGGGACCAAGAAUGAUUAUGAAAAUUUAUUUUAUAUUUAAUUGAAAUAUUUUUAAUGAAUAUUAAAAUUAAGUAACACGAAUAUCAACAUUGGUUUCCUAUUAUUACUAAAGCACUGAUCAUUGAUCACUCACUUCUUGUCUUCACUUUUUUUAAAUAAUUUUUUUUGUUUCUUACUAAUUUGUAAAUUAUAUUUAGUGUUGACAAUUUUUAUUUUUGUUAUUAUUAAUUGUUUAAAUUUUAGUUACCAAAUUUACAUGUAGAUCAGACAAAAAUGUUUAAAAAUUUAUGUUUAGUAUUUAAUAAAAUAAAAAUUUGA